GGGACGCGUGUUGUUGUACAUGGUGGUGUACUGUCUCCUCAGCCAAGGCACCCGAUAUGAUCACCAUCAGAAUCACACAAAUGUGCCGCAAAGUACCCACUUCCAUUCGCAAUACUCGUGUUGGAGUCUUGUUCGGGUUCGUCGUAAGGGAAUAGUAAGGGAAGUUGGUGUAGCGUAGUCCGACCCCCCCCCCCAGGAUGAGAGUGUAUUGGUGCUAAUAUCGAGCAGCUACAUUAGCUACUUAGCGGCGGACCUCUUUCACAAUGGAGCAGCAGCUGUGUAGUCCCGUCAGCGCCCCUACUGGCCUGAUCGUCCAGGUGUGUUUCCCUGGCGCCCGCACUGCCGUCUUGGACAACCUGAACCGCCAGCGCGAGGAGGGGCGUCUCUGCGAUCUCGCCAUCCAGGUGCAGGGUCAUGUGUACAGGGCCCAUCGCUGUGUGCUCGCUGCCUCCUCGCCUUAUUUCCACGACCAGGUGCUGCUGAAGAACGUCACCAUGGUGUCCCUCCCCUCCGUCAUGGACCCGCUGGCCUUCCAGAGUGUCCUGGCCUCGGCCUACACGGGCCAGCUCAGCAUCGUGCACGAGGACAUCGUCAACUACGUCACGGUGGCCAGCUUCCUCCAGAUGUGGCACAUCGUGGACAAGUGCACCGAGCUCCUCAAGAGGCAGCGGCCGCUGGCGGAGUCCCAGCCGGGGGGGGACGCCAUCCCCUCGGCCUCCACCGCCACCGCCGCCACCACCUCCUCCUCCUCCUCCUCCCUGCCCCCGGCCCCCGCCCAGCCCGGGACCUCCUCCAGGCAGCAGUCCCCGAGCAGCUCCGACUGUCUCUACGUGGAGCGGGAGGGCCGGAGGCGGGACCGCAAGCCGGACGCCCUCCCCCCUCUGGCCACCUGGCGCCGGCCCCAGCAGUUCCCCCGAUGGGGCCGCGCCAGGGGCCCCUCGUCAGGGCCCCACUCGGCCGCCGACUCCCAGCUGGGGGCCUCCCUGCCGGGGUACAGCGACUGCAGCGGCGACUACGCCGGCUGCGAGGAGGUGUGGUUGACGUCGGCCACCGCCGCGGCGAAGGACGUCCCGACGAACGCCGACGCACACUACGGCGCUCAGCUCGGAGGAGGAGGGGGGGCUGGACUGGAGGGGUUGAGGCAGAGGGUGAGGCUGCAUCCGAGGGCGUCGGGCCCAGAGAGGGCGGACCGGAGCCGGGACGUGGUGGAGGUGGCCGAGCUGCCGCCAGCACCGCUGCUGCAGCAGGAGAGGAGGAAGGUGGAGAGAGGAGGGAUGGAGGCAGACGAAGGGGUCGGAGAGGACGUGGCGGGGAGGAGGGACCGAUGUGUGCAGCCUGGACAAACUGGAGACUCCCACGGCCAGACGAGCGAUGGAGAGUCGUCCGGACAAGCGGAGGCCAGAGGCAGGCCAGAGGACGACAAGGACCGGGAGCACGGCGACGCCUCCCUGAUGGGCCGCACCUGUGGACCGGACCACGGCAUCCCCUCCCCCUCGCCCCGGAUGCAGUGGCAGGCGCCCUGGUCCCAGGCCGAGGCCACGCCCCUGGAGGAGGACCAGUCCGAGGUGGACUUCGAGCGCCUAGCGGAGGGCCACUUCGAAGGGAAGACCUACGACGAGAUCCAGGACGGCACCGGCCAGGUCUCCCAGCGGCCCCUGGUCCCCGUCUCCCCCGACCACCACGGCGACUUCGGCCUCGCCUGGCCGUCGGCGGACGUGGCCUCGGCGCCCGCCACGCCCAGCCGGCCCCUCACCCCGGCGCUCUCCCAGUUCCCCCUCGGCCCCGCCUCGCCCCCCAUCCCGUCGUCGUCGUCGUCGCUGUCCAUCGCCGGCGCCCCCUACACGGGCAAGGUGCACUUCUGCCACUGCGGCAAGGCCUACACGCUGAAGAGCAUGCGCGACCGCCACGUCAAGAUGCAGCACCUCAACCUGCGGCCCUUCGGCUGCCCCGUGUGCGGCAAGACCUUCAAGAUGAAGCACCACCUGACCAAGCACCUGAAGACCCACGGGGGCCUGCGGCCCUACGAGUGCGGCCUGUGCGGCAAGAAGGUGAUCUGGAGGGAGAGCUUCCUGCGGCACCAGGCGCGCUGCGAGCGGAUGGCCGCCGCUAACAACAACAACAACAACAACAACAACGUCUCCGGCGCCACCUCCUCCUCGGGAGGGGUCAACGGGGGGCCGGCGAUGGGGGCGGACGACGCCGGCGGCGGCGCCUACGGGGGCUACGGGUUCGACCACGGCGAGGCCUUCCUGGCGUUGGCGGGGCAGGUGAAGGUGGAGGAGGCGGACUUCGGCGGGGAGGCGGUGGGAGAUGCCGCCGCCAGUGGCGGCGGCGGGGGGAGGUUGAUCGGCGGCGUGGCGGGCAUCAUGGACGAGUUGCGCUCCCAGUCCAGACUCCUGCACGGUCACGUGUUCAAGGAGGAGGCCAGCGAGGGCUUCAGUUGAGACCGAUCUGUGUGUUUUUUUUUCGUAAAGCCGAACUCACAGCACUACCGUUUGUAUGAACUUGUUUGCACAACCCCCCGCCCGUUCUUGGUGACCAAUAGACUCUAGGGAAAUCCUGAUUGGAUUCUCCUGAAGAGACACAGACCAAAGUAGACUGUGGAGAGAAAUCCCAAGCUAUUUAUUUUUUUGUCUUUUAUCAGCUUCUUCUUUUCUGCGCCAUGACAACAUCCCUGUGUUCUUCGUUUGUUGAAAGCAGUGGAAUCGUAACCAUUAUGUCUUCAAGUUAUAGGCUAUAAUUAAGGACUGAGCGUAAAUUUAACGAAUACCUUUGAUCGGAACACCGGUUUAAAGGCGGCGACACACUGCGCCGAGUGCCAGUGGGGGUUUUUGUUGCAGUGAACAAAAACACUGGCACAAUCACAUCACCUGCUUGUUGUGUUGGUUGUGAGGUGUCCUGUAGGGAUCAGUUGUUGGAUAUAAAACAUAUUUCUAUGAAGUUUAUAUUGUUCUUUAUGGAGCACCGGUGUGAAUGUACUCACUGAGUUUUAAAUUAAACUGUUGCACAAUAAUUGCUUAACCACA